GCCAGCGCCAGCCCGGUGGUGCGGCAGAUUGACAAGCAGUUCCUGGUGUGCAGCAUCUGCCUUGACCGCUACCGCAACCCCAAGGUGCUGCCCUGCCUGCACACCUUCUGCGAGAGGUGUCUCCAGAACUAUAUCCCGCCCCAGAGCCUGACCCUCUCCUGCCCCGUCUGCCGCCAGACCUCCAUCCUGCCCGAGCGCGGCGUCGCCGCCCUGCAGAACAACUUCUUCAUCACCAACCUGAUGGAGGUGCUGCAGCGGGACCCCGAGAGCUGUGGCCCCCACCCCGGCCGCGGCCUGGACCCCGUCAGCGCCGUCACUGGCCAGCCCCUCUCCUGCCCCAACCACGAGGGCAAGGCUUCAGGGUCCGGGGAGGCUGCGGGGGUCUGGGAUGGCUCUGGGGCCCAGGGGCUGGGGGGGCCGUCGCAGGCAGCUCUGAGUGCCCGUGCACAGGUGAUGGAGUUUUACUGUGAGCCGUGCGAGACGGCCAUGUGCCACGAGUGCACGGAGGGGGAGCACCGGGAGCACGUCACCGUGCCGCUGCGCGACGUGGUGGAGCAGCACAAGGCAGCCCUGCAGCAGCAGCUGGAUGCCGUCAGGAGCAGGCUCCCGCAGCUGGCAGCGGCCAUCGGGCUGGUGUCGGAGAUCAGCCAGCAGCUGGUGGAGCGCAAGAACGAGGCGGUGUCGGAGAUCGGCAGCACCUUCGAGGAGCUGGAGACGGCGCUGCGGCAGCGCAAGGGGCUGCUGGUGCGGGACCUGGAGGCCACCUGCGGGGCCAAGCAGAAGGUGCUGCAGGCGCAGCUGGACGCCCUGCGCCAGGGCCAGGAGAGCAUCCUCAGCAGCUGCGCCUUCACCGAGCAGGCGCUGCACCACGGCACUGCCACCGAGGUGCUGCUUGUGAAGAAGCAGAUGAGCGAGCGGCUGAGCGAGCUGGCCAGCCAGGAGUUCCCCGAGCACCCCCACGAGAAUGCCCAGCUCGACUACAUCGUGGAGACUGAGGGUGUCCGCAAGUCCAUCCUCAACCUGGGCGUGCUGAUCACCACCAGCGCCACGGCCCACAAGACGGUGGCCACGGGUGAGGGGCUGCGGCACGCCGUGGUGGGGCAGCCCUCCUCGCUCAGCGUCACCACCAAGGACAAGGACGGGGAGCUGGUGCGCAGCGGCAGCGCCAGCCUGCGCUUCCAGGUGACGGCGCCGGACGGCGGUGCGGCCGAGGCGGAGGUGCAGGACAACAAGAACGGCACCUACGAGCUGCUCUACACCCCCCGCGCUGAGGGCGACUUCCUCCUCUCCAUCCUGCUCUAUGGGCAGCCCAUCCGUGGCAGCCCCUUCCGCGUCCGUGCUGUCAAGGCCUCCGACGUGCCCCCCUCUCCUGACGACGUCAAGCGCCGUGUCAAGUCGCCCAGCAGCGGGCACAUCCGGCAGAAGGCCGUCCGGCGCCCCUCCAGCAUGUACAGCAGUGGCAAGAAGAAGGAGAAUCCCAUCGAGGACGAGCUCAUCUUCCGCGUGGGAAGCCGUGGCCGGGAGAAGGGGGAGUUCACCAACCUCCAGGGCAUUUCCACUUCCAGCAGCGGCCGCAUCGUGGUGGCUGACAGCAAUAACCAGUGUGUGCAGGUGUUUUCCAACGAGGGGCAGUUCCGGCUGCGGUUCGGGGUGCGGGGCCGCUCCCCGGGCCAGCUCCAGCGCCCGACCGGCGUCACGGUGGACAUGAACGGGGACAUCAUCAUCGCGGACUAUGACAACCGCUGGGUCAGCAUUUUCUCCCCCGAGGGCAAGUUCAAGACCAAGAUUGGGGCUGGGCGGCUGAUGGGCCCCAAGGGCGUCGCCGUGGACCGCAAUGGCCACAUCAUCGUGGUAGACAACAAGGCCUGCUGCGUCUUCAUCUUCCAGUCCAACGGCAAGCUCGUCACCAAGUUUGGGAGCCGCGGCACAGCCGAGCGGCAGUUUGCAGGGCCCCACUUCGUGGCGGUCAACAACAAGAACGAGAUCGUGGUGACCGACUUCCACAACCACUCGGUGAAGGUGUACAACGCGGAUGGCGAAUUCCUCUUCAAGUUCGGGUCGCACGGGGAAGGGAACGGGCAGUUCAACGCCCCCACGGGGGUGGCCGUCGACACCAACGGCAACAUCAUCGUCGCCGACUGGGGCAACAGCCGCAUCCAGGUCUUCGACAGCUCGGGCUCCUUCCUCUCCUACAUCAACACGGCCGCCGACCCCCUGUACGGGCCGCAGGGCCUGGCCCUCACCUCCGACGGACACGUGGUGGUGGCCGACUCCGGCAACCAUUGCUUCAAGGCCUAUCGCUACCUGCAGUAGCCGCCACGGGGACGGGGAUGGGGACGCUGCCAGUGCUGCGCCAGGACGGUGCCCGCGGGCCCCCCGGGAGA